CCCUCGUUGCUCGUAUCAGCGCAGGCAAUCAUGCCUCCUCGACCUCGCAAGGUAGCUAGGCACUCGAAGGACGAUGAUGCCGUCGCUGAGGAGAACAGGGCUUCAUCAUCAAUAGCUGAGCCUACAGCACCGCCCGCUUCGGAGGCGGCUGCCAAGCCAAGCGAAGCUGCGCCCUCUGCUCAUUUCGAUUCGGGCGUGGCCAUGCCGCUUUGCGGAGCACCUUUGUGCUCCAUCACGCUGCCCGAUCUCUCACAUCCGCGGUGUAUCAAAUGGAGCAAUGAGGGACAAGUGUGCAUCAUUACAGACACAUGCCUUUACAUCUUCACCCCUGCUCUAGGAUAUGAUUCCAUCUUGAAACCCACCAGAUCAUCUCAGAUCAUUCAAAGUAGAUUCCUGCGCUACAACGCAAGUGACAAAGGGCCAAUUGCAGCACUGCCUCGCACAGGGCAGGCUUCCUCGAGCUCCAUCGACUUCUUUGAGUGUGCCAUUGACAUUGGUACUGCAGCAUCCGCGGCGGUCGAGCAGCCCGUAAGCCGAGAGCUCAGAGACGAAGACUAUAAUGCGCCUCACCCGGGCCAGACUUUCAAGCGCUUCAAGUCUGCAGAGUGGUCACAGGAUGGGGACAAGAUAGCUUUCAUCGACUCUGAUCUCAAUGUGCGAGUCCUCGAAGCCCCUGCGAAUCCUAUUGCCGGUCCAUGGACAAUGUUCAGGAGCGUGCGCCCGGCUGUUGCCGGGACGAAAGAAUCCUUUACUCUGCAGACAAUUUCGCUGGCCUGGUCUUCUGAGGAUCACCUUGCCAUGGGUACAAGAGGGGGGCAGGUUCACAUCGCCCAUAAGGGUCACGUUAGCGAAUUGGCAGACCUUGGGUCGGAUGCCGUGACAACGCUUCACUGGUCCUCUUCGCUGAAAGCGCCAGACACGUUGGUCGAUGGGAAGAGAUCCGCUACGAAUGGCCCUGGCACGCUAGACAUGGAAACCGAGGCGGUCCUUCUCGCUAUCCAAUCCACAGGUAUCAGUGUACUUCGUGUUGCCACAAACAGCACAGGUGUGCGCUUACACUCCUCCAUACGAUCGGGUCAUGAAGUCCCACGAGGUCUGCAAAUAUCAAUAGCAAAGUUUCUAGAGUGGGAGGACGAUGCGGAGCAGCCACAAAUCGUCAUCUGUACAUCACCUGGAGCUGUACAUACCUGGCACUUCCUUGAUACUGAGCCAGACGUUCCGAGAAAGCAGUGGAGGACAUGCCAGCUUCUUCCUUCGGAAGAGCCAGGGAUUGAAGGAGAAAGAGAUCCCCAUGCCGAGGCGAUUGCGUUGGAUCGCUUGAGUCUUGAUUCCUACCUGCUGACAUUAACAUCUGGACUGCAGUACAUGAUUAGGCUGCCCCUGCCCUCGAGCGUCAAACUGCACUGCGUUGUGAGCACAACAGCUGAGCCAGAACUACCUCUCGACAGCCUUCGGCAGAGUGUGGAGGCGCACCAGAGAGUCGAUGCUUGGGCACAGGACGGUCCCAAUGGGUUGAUUGCUGUCUUGCAGAGUGCCGGCGACAUAUCCUCCUUCCGAAACCACGCGGAUCGUAAUGCACAAGUCACCUUCUUGCUGCCUCCGACUCCCAUUAUGGACGCCUGUGAAGUAGCCAGGGAGCUGAUCACUUCAUCACUCGAGCGUUCAAUAGGCUCGGCAAAACGACCUGUGCAUCUCUUUCGGCCAGUGGUUGCUCUCUAUCAGGCACUAUCUCCGACUGCAAAGUCCACUCUGUUGGCAGAGAUUUUCGAGGAAGUGGAGAUUCAUCACUAUAGUGCCGAGACGGAUCUCGAAGAAGGGACAAGCAAGGGUCCUCCUGAGCAAGAGGAGCUCGUGGAACUCCUCAGUGAUGGGUCGCGUAAGUUGUUUUACAUUCUGGAAUGGCUUAUACGCGAGAGUAGGAAAAGAGAUGGCCAGAACAAGACCGCGCUCGUCCAUUACAAGAAGACAAGACUGCUUGAAGAAGCGAAGAUUCUGAGCCACUGGCUGCCGAGACAACAGAGGCUCAUCAAGCAAGCUCAAGCUCUGAACAGUGACGUAGGCCAAUUGCACUCGAAGCGCGUCGAGGUCACAGCAGGGAGGGCGCAUUCUGCCUUUUCCGUCGACUACGAAAAGGCAGACUGUGCUCAACAACAGUACCUUCGAAGCAACUUUGACGUAGAGGCUAGACUGCGUACCCAAUCUUCUUCCGAAGCAGAGCAGAGCGCCGCUGCAUCCUGGGAGAAGUCUGCGCCGGACUGGCAUCUACGGCAGGUACUGGAUGAGAAAGAGAAGUGUCCCAUCUGCGACGAUGCUACGGUCGAGGUAGAAUGGGGUCCAGCGAGCCUCUGGCCACAGAGAGCCGUGUGUGCGAGGGGCCAUGUGAGCGCCCGCUGCUCCCAGACGUACGCGAUCACCAGCACUGCCGAGGUUCGGACCUGCUCCAGCUGUGGUCUCAAGGCGCAAGACCUCUCCGUCAAGUCGAGCCCGAGCGAGGAGGAUGUUCUGAUUGAAGGGAUCAAUGGCUGCACUUUCUGCGGGGGACAGUGGAUCGUCAUUUCGUGAAAGGUCGAGAGUAGGCGGGCCAAUAUACCCUCUUGUCUUUUCCGGCCGAUACCCAAUCAAUCCCAUGUCUCUUUAUCUGUACAAUAGCCUCAUCAUCCUACCGCAGGGCAUAAGCCUCCACUCCACUCUACUCCACUCCCCUCCCCUUUAAUCCUCACACAAAAGCACAUACUCCCUCUCACUGCCCCCGAAUUG